AUGGGAAGCAAUCAGACAUGGAUCACAGAAGUCAUCCUAUUGGGAUUCCAGUUUGAUCCAGAAGUAGAAACUUUCCUUUUUGGAUUAUUCUUGCUAUUCUACAGCCUCACCUUGAUGGGAAAUGGGCUUAUCCUGGGACUCAUCAUUCUGGACUCCAGACUGCAUACCCCCAUGUAUUUCUUUCUUUCAAACCUGGCUAUUGUUGAUAUGUCCUUUGCCUCAAGUAUUGUCCCCAAGAUGCUAGAAAUUCUUAUAGCUCAUAAGACAACCAUGUCCUUUGUUCCAUGCAUACUUCAGACUUUACUCUAUUUGACAUUUGCCAUCACAGAGUGUACAAGUUUGGUGGUUAUGUCCUAUGAUCGGUAUGUGGCAAUAUGUCACCCCCUACACUAUAGUGUAAUCAUGAGCUGGAAAGUGUGCACUGUCCUGACUGCCUUUUGCUGGGUCUUCAGUUUUCUUACGGCUCUGGUUCACGUGAGUCUUCUUCUGAGGUUGCCCUUUUGUGGGCCCCAGACAAUAAACCACUUUUUCUGUCAACUCUUGGCACUAAUCAAAUUGACCUGUGGUGACACAAGGAUCAACAAAAUUGUCCUCAUUGUAGGCUCUAUGUUGGUAUUAGUGGUACCCCUCUGCUUGGUUCUAGUGUCCUACACACACAUCCUGAUUGCUAUUCUCAAGAUACAGUCUAAAGAGGGUCGCAAGAAAGCCUUCUCCACCUGCUCCUCCCACCUCUGUGUGGUUGGACUUUUCUUUAUCAAUGCCAUUAUCUUAUACAUGACUCCCAAAUUCAUCCAAUCUGAAAAGCAAAAGAAAAUUCUGUCUUUGUUUUACUGUCUUUUUAACCCUAUGUUGAACCCUCUUAUCUACAGUCUGAGGAAUUCAGAAGUCAAAGGUGCCCUGAGGAGAGUGCUCAAAAGAAAAAGAGCAGUGUGGAAUUAG